CUUUACACACCUUCCACACAGCUACUUACCAAAGCCGCCAGCUCUGUGAGAGCACCAUUUUCCGACUGAAUCACACCCGCCGCAGCAAUGGUCUCCCCCCUCUCCCCCGUCGCAGGCGACGUCACGCCUACACAACCGAAAUCGAAGCCCAGAGCCGCGAAGGCUCGUCCGAACGCGCAACGACGAGUCUACGGCAAGCGCAGGGUCGAUGCGCCCAGGGCGGUGUUUGAUCAGCGGAGUCCGGCGAAGACGGAGGUGAAGAAGCUGCCCACGCCCGCCCAGGAGAGCGUCGAGUCCCUCCAGGAGAAGCUGGCUGAGGUGCGGAUCGGGGAUGGCCAGGAUAACACGCAGAAGGUGGUUGAGCCGGUCAGGACUACCGAGAAGGUAGAGGAGCAAGUUGAAGAGACGCCCGACAGUACGGGAGAUGUUGACGAGAUCCCCGCGACGGAGCAAAUCGACACGCCGAAGCUUGAGACGAGUGUCGAACCGGAAAAUGAGACCGCCGAGUCGACUCCUUCGAAGCCCGAGACCGCACCGAAAAAGCAAUACGAGGCUAUGGUGGAAGUCAGGGUUAGUCCGAAAACAGCCGCACGGAGAACAAAGCAGGAGCAAGAGCAAAAGGAAAGCCACGGUACUGGCGAGACUGGGAGGCGGACGAGGAGGACCAAGCCCGCCCCAAGCAAGCCCGCUCAACGGCAGUCGGCCGGAUUCGUGUCGGACCAGAAAGCAAAUACCUACGUUCGGACCAUACUCGACGAGGCGCUGUCGCCGGUAGCGGCGCAGAGCGUUCAGAAAUUCGGCUCGUGGGCUGCUCGCGCGGGGAAUAUGCUGGAGGUCGUGAAGAUCGCGGAGGGCUCCUACGGAGAGGUCUACAAACUCCGACUGCGAGAGGAGGUGUGCAAGAAGGAAAUGUCCAAGUCGAAGCUUGCUCGUCUGAAGGCAUACGGGGACGGGGUGUUCAAGGUUGUUCCUCUGCGGGCGCAGAGUGGUCCUGGUUCGAAGAAAUUCACGAGCAUUGAGGAGAUCGUGUCCGAGGCUAAGAUGUUGAAAUAUCUGGAUCCGAUCCCAGGGUUCGCUCGGUUUCGCGAGAUCCACGUCGUCCAGGGCCGCUUUCCGGAGUCAUUUCAGAAAGCAUGGGACCACUAUAAGAAGACCAAAGACGAUUGCCUGAAUCCUAACCCAUCGAGCAAAAGGGCGUACCCUGACUCGCAGCUGUGGGCUAUCAUAGAAAUGGAUGAUGCUGGUUGUGAACUGGAAAAGUUCGCUUGGUCGUCCAUCUUCCAAAUCUACGAUAUUUUCUGGGGAGUGGCGAUGGCUCUUGCGCGAGCCGAGGAGUAUGCGCAGUUCGAGCAUCGCGAUCUUCAUCUUGGAAACGUCUGUAUCAGAAGUACCCGACCGGACGGCCGCAUGGACCCGCCGACAGAGCUUGAGAUCCUGCGCUUGCCAUCUGCUAGUGGAUUCGGUAUAAGCACGCUGGAGACCACCAUUAUCGAUUACUCGCUUUCCCGAGCAGAGCUGAGGACCGCCGAGGAAUCAGGCGAGACUCUGGAUAUUGCAUCGUCUGAUCUUGACAAGAAGCAAAUCUUCGAUGCCGUUGGUCGGGACGAGGACGAGAUUCUCCUGCGAAAUACAUAUAGAUACAUGCGCGCCCAGCUUUACACCGGACAGCCCUUGGACGACACCAAGCCCGCCGAUAUCCCCGGGAUCUGGAGCGAAUACGCCCCACGAACCAAUCUCGUCUGGCUGCUCUUCCUCUUGAAAUCCCUACUGAAGAACCACAAAACUGAGGCUCCUCCGCAACGACAGCCUCUUGCCCCCCGCUCUCCUAACAAGGAGGUCAAACCAAAAUCUAAAUCUCAAAAGAAAGCCGACAACCUUCUCUCCACCCAGGCGAUCACACAGGUGCAAUCGAACGUCUCCCAAUGGCAGAAGACCCUUCAGGAUCGACUGAACAGCGUGCUGGGGCUUCUGGAUCUCGACCACGGACACGAAGAUAUGUGCUGUGCGGCCGACCUGGUGGCAUACGCCAUUGACUCUCAAUGGCUGGGCGAAGAGGACUUCUUUUAGGCGUUAAUCACGCUGAUGCAUCCAUGGUGUUAUAUUCCCCUGUUUUAUCGGUUUACUGUCAUAUAUAUACCUGCAUAUAGACAAUUAGCGACGCAUGGAGUUGGAGUUGGAG